CACCGCCUUAUGCCUACUCUCCCGUUUCUUUCGCCAACCCUCGCGCUUUCUUUUCUUCGCACUCUCUAACGCCUUUUUACUCUCUCUCUUUGAAUUCGUUCCGGCCAAACUCUGUUCUCGGUCCACGCAUGGAGAACCUUAUCACAUUGGUGAAUAAACUACAGAGGGCAUGUACAGCACUAGGCGAUCACGGCGAAGAGAGCUCCUUGCCCACUCUCUGGGAUGCAUUGCCCGCCAUUGCCGUCGUCGGUGGCCAGAGCUCUGGGAAGUCUUCUGUGCUAGAGAGUAUUGUCGGCAAAGACUUUUUACCCCGUGGAGCUGGGAUUGUUACUAGGCGUCCUCUUGUCUUGCAACUCCAUAGAAUUGAUGAAGGAAGAGAAUAUGCAGAGUUUAUGCAUCAACCUAGAAAGAGAUUCACUGAUUUUGCUGCCGUGCGGAAGGAGAUUUCUGAUGAGACUGAUCGAGAGACAGGUCGGACAAAACAAAUUUCUACUGUUCCAAUCCAUCUCAGUAUCUUUUCCCCUAAUGUUGUGAACUUGACGUUGGUUGAUCUUCCUGGACUUACCAAAGUAGCUGUUGAUGGUCAGCCAGAGAGCAUUGUGCAAGACAUUGAGAACAUGGUUCGGUCCUACAUUGAGAAGCCCAACUGUAUUAUUCUUGCAAUUUCUCCAGCCAACCAAGAUCUUGCUACAUCUGAUGCAAUUAAAAUUUCCCGUGAGGUAGACCCUAAAGGGGAGAGGACAUUUGGAGUUUUGACCAAGAUUGAUCUUAUGGAUAAGGGUACUGAUGCAGUUGAUAUCCUAGAAGGAAGAUCAUAUAAACUACGAUUUCCUUGGAUUGGUGUUGUUAAUCGGUCUCAAGCCGAUAUAAAUAAAAGUGUUGAUAUGAUUGCUGCCAGGCGCAGAGAACGUGAAUACUUUGCUACUAGCCCAGAGUAUAGGCAUCUGACUGACAGAAUGGGUUCUGAGCAUCUAGGAAAGAUGCUUUCUAAGCACUUGGAAACUGUUAUCAAGUCUCGAAUCCCAGGCCUUCAAUCCCUUAUCAAUAAAACCAUAACUGAGCUGGAAGCAGAACUGAACCGUCUUGGGAAGCCCAUUGCUUCGGAUGCUGGAGGAAAAUUGUAUGCCAUAAUGGAAAUUUGUCGAACAUUUGAUCAAAUAUUUAAAGAACAUCUAGAUGGCGUGCGCCCAGGUGGUGAUAAGAUCUAUAGUGUGUUUGACAUUCAGCUUCCAGCUGCUCUGAAGAGGUUGCAAUUUGACAAACAUCUUUCAAUGGACAAUGUGCGAAAGCUAAUCACUGAGGCAGAUGGAUAUCAACCUCACCUAAUUGCUCCUGAACAAGGAUAUCGUCGUCUGAUUGAGUUUUCCUUGGUAACAAUUAGAGGUCCUGCCGAGGCAGCUGUAGAUGCGGUUCAUGCCAUAUUGAAGGAUCUUACUCACAAGGCUAUUGGUGCAACUAUGGAGCUAAAGCAGUAUCCCACUCUGAGAUCGGAAGUCGCAAAUGCAGCGGUUGAAUCAUUGGACAGGAUGAGGGAAGAAAGCAAGAAAGCAACCUUGCAGUUGGUUGAUAUGGAAAUUGGUUAUCUAACUGUUGAAUAUUUUCGCAAACUUCCCCAAGAUAUUGAGAAGGGUGGAAAUCCAACACACUCGGUUUUUGACAGAUACAAUGAUUCAUAUCUUAGGCGAGUUGGAACCAAUGUCUUGUCCUAUGUCAAUAUGGUUUGUGCAAGUUUGAGGAACUCUAUUCCGAAGUCUGUUGUCUAUUGUCAAGUGCGUGAGGCCAAACGAGGCUUACUCGAUCAUUUCUUCACAGAGUUGGGUAAAAAAGAGUCAAAGCAGUUGGGUAAAUUGUUGGAUGAGGAUCCAGCAAUCAUGCAGCGUCGUUCAAACCUUGCAAAAAGGUUGGAGUUAUAUAGAAGUGCUCAAGAGGAAAUUGAUGCAGUUGCUUGGUCCAAGUAGAGGUUGUCAGGCUGACAGAUUUUCGCGUACCAGGAGCUGAUGCCAAAAAUAUCUUCUACUUGAGAGAAAUUGAUGAUGCCGAUAAGCUUGUAGAAGUUAUUAAAGCAAAGAAGAAUGCAAAGGUCGUGGUUGUUGGAGGAGGGUACAUUGGCAUUGAGUUUAGUGCAGCUUUGAGAAUCAACAAUUUUGAUGUCAGCAUGCUUGUUCCUGAAAGUUGGUGCAGUAUGUAGUGUUUAAAGCACUAUUGUGUAUAAUUAAUUGGACAAUUCAAUUGAUUCAUUGUUGGAAUUCUUUUGCAGAGCAUGUUUUCCUAAUUCAAGCUGUGUUUUUUGGAGUGUUUCGACUUUUCACUUCUGACAUAGCUGGUUUCUAGGAGAGUUAUUAUGAAAAGAAAGGAGUCAAAAUUAUUAUACACAUUUCUGACAUUUUGUGAUUGGAAUUUACCCUUGAUCA